ACACUUCCAGCCUUUGUUAAGCCGCGAAAGAAAUUCGCUAAUAAGUAAAUUGAUCAAUUGUUUUAUAAAAAGUGCAUAUAAAUUCCUAUUUCUGUCAAGAGACUACGUUACGCUAUUCGAAAACUAACUCCUUGCACAGUGUCGCAAGCGUUUGCUAUUUCGACGCUACAAUUACAAUCACAUUUUGCGCGCCAAUUUGUGGAACAGCCGAAAGACAAUUACCAAAAUGGCACAAAUUCAGGAAUAUCAGGAUCUGGUGCUCGAUGCCCUUGAGGCAGUGGAGUUCAAGCUAAUACGCGACAAGGCGGACAUUAACAACGAUGCCUUAAUAUUUCACCCCGCCAUGGCGCAUCAGAUAUUUGGUGAGUCGGAGACCAUAUUCGGUUAUCAGGGGCUGCACGUGCGAGUUCUGUAUACGGCUGGCCCGUUGCAUAUCUACCUCGGCGUUGAGUACGAGAAACGAGUCAAUGAAAUAUCUGGUGGAGAAAUCAAAGCUGACGACGUGGUCGCCACAAUUGCUCAAAGUCUACCAGACGGCUGCUAUUUCAUUAAUUUGGAUGAGUUUCUCAAGACGCUUGACAAGGCCGACAAGUUUCAGCCCUUUGGUGAGAAACUCAGCGAAUACAGUCGGCGCGCCGAGGAUGGCAGCGAACGUCUCUUCGAAAUCUAUCAAUGUGACUACAARUCRUCGUCAUUUCUAAAGUUCUUUACGCGUCUGCAAACGUUCAUAUUAUGGUUUGUUGACGCUGCCUCCUAUAUAGACACCGAUGAUACCCAGUGGUGUUACUUUAUCUGCUAUGAGAAAUAUAAGAAUAAGGAUGGCGAAUACCAGUAUGCAACUGCUGGCUACACCACUGUCUAUGAGUACUAUGCAUAUCCGCAGAAUAAGCGUCCGCGAAUUAGCCAAAUGCUAAUUUUGCCGCCAUUCCAGAAAUUGGGUUUGGCCACCCAGCUAGUGGAAACAAUAUACAAGUUCUAUCAAAGUCAGAAAAAUGUGGUGGACAUAACCGUAGAGGAUCCAUCCGAGGACUUUCAGAGAUUACGCAACUUUGUGGACGCCCGCCUGUGUCUGGAGCUGAAAUGCUUUUCCCGUGAUAUAAUCAAGAAGGGUUUCACCAAGGAAAUGGUACGCGAGGCACGGGAGACCUUAAAACUGAAUCCACGCCAGGUUCGCAAGGUAUAUGAAUUGUUGCGCCUAUACUACACCAAUGUGCAUGAUGAAAAGGAAUAUAAAGCCUAUCGUCUGGAAGUUAAGAAACGCCUCAAUGCCGUUUACUACAAACAGCUGAAGGAUCUUCAAAAGAUGGAACGCUAUAAAAUGGAUACGGAGAUGUUGCGGGCACGUUUGCCCAAUGCCAAACAGCGCAUGGAACAGCUGCAGGAGGAGUAUGCGCUCAUCGAGCAGGAUUACAAGAAUACAAUUGAUAAGCUACGGGCCUAGAUCUACAUAAAUAAAUAUAAUGCCGUUGGGUGUUUGAUUAAUUUAU